AUGAGGGCAAUCCGUGCAAUUCUGACAACAAACAACGAAAUCUGGGAUCGUUGCAAAGGUUCCAUAACGGUUCAGCCAUCGGCAACACACAAAUCUGCAACAUUUACGCGAUAUGAAUACAAUUUUGCAAAGGCUUUGAAGGUCACCGAGGAUGGAUCACUACAGGUUAAAACUGAAGCUGAACGUUCCGAUUUGGAGUUUGACCUUUCUCUGUUGGGAGGACUCCCUGAUGAAAUCAGUCUUCUCUCGCCCCCUUUUCUCAAGGAUGAUGAUGGCAAUCAAACUGUGUUCGUCGACUACGAAGCAUACUUUGAAAAAACGAGCAUCCUACACGACAGUGUAAUAGGACCUUUUCUUGUCGAGUUAAAAACCCACCUAGAGAAUGUACAAGUAUGCUUGGGUGAGAUUGAUUCCUGGCUCAUGUUCCCACAAGACACUACUUCUUUUCUUGAAAGCGUGUUCAAGGUCGCACUGGAAACGCCGACAGAGGAGCACAUUGAAAAAUGCAGCUUCAGUUCAAGCCAUCCAAAGAGGACUUGUCGCUGCCACUACGCCUAUAGUCGUCACUCCACAAGCCAACGCUGUCCAUUGAAACCUAGGCAGAAGUUCAAGUGUGGUGGGUGCAAAGACAAUAAAGUGGCUUGUCUCGGCACAUUCCAUUCGCUACCCGGAAUGUUCGACACUGAGUUUGACCUUACCAAUGAUUUGCACCGAAGGCGACUGCAGCACUUUGUUGCUUUCAUGAACGAAAAGUAG